AUGCCCUCACUCACACUAACCAACCCGGACAUGAUCCUGCCGUUCGACGGCGAAAGACAAUCCCAAACACCCUCUCCGCCCCAACUCGCGUAUCUGUCGAACAUCAACGGCCGCCAAUACGACAAUGCCCCCGCCAUCCCUCCCCGGCAGAAGAAAAAUUUUUCCCGCCAUGCCUGGACCCACGACGAUGUGAACGUGAGCCGUCGCCUGUCGGAUAUCGGCGAGGAGCUCUCACCUGCCAGAUCGGAGAGUUUCGAUGACCCGAGCAGCCCUGCAGAGCAAGGACAGGAGGACCACAAGGAGAAUGCGCAUAGCAGCUCCAGCUCGACGAUCAGCGCAGGGAGCCGUCGCGCUUCUGCGUCCACAGAGACCCCUGAAGCUAGCGGUGAGGUCUCGGCUGUGCAUGAGGUCGCGAGAGCGCAGGCGAAUGCCGUGGUCGGAGCCGGUCCUGCUACUUUACCAGCGAGCAGCGCCGUGGCGUCUGCAGCUGCAGAGGGCAAGGGGCCUGGGGAGGAGUUCACCUCUGCGAUUCUGAGUAGCGAGGCAGAGCGGAUUCUGGAGAACGCGAAGAAGAGACUGAACCUUAUGGAAGGGAAUCUGACACGCGCAAGAUCAACGACGCGCAGUUCGUCGUCGCCUUCGCCUUCGCCUUCGAACGCAGGCUUUAUCCAACCGUUGGGAAAACAACAGCCGGUCGGGGGUCUAUAUCGAUCGAUCUCCAAGACGGAUCCGAGGAACUCUUCGCUGAGACGCCAGUCCCUUAUCGCUUCGCAGGAUACGACGAACAAUCGCCAUUCGAGAGUGCAUUCGGAGACAAACAUCCCGUCUGAAUCGAGCAUGGCGAAUGAUCCCAAGCGCAUGUCGCGUUCGGUCAGUGCAAUGGGCGCGAGCAGUUAUUCCAGCCUUCAUACAGAUGAUAGGUCGUUCCAGUAUGCGCCUACGAGGGCGUAUCUUACGCAUCGCUCUUCUAUAUCGUCGAUCAAACCUCCGAUCCAUGUGCAGGAAGAAGAGCCCCAGGUCCAUACACAGUCGCCCAUCUCCGCCCCCGAGAGUCCCAUGGAGUCCCCGCAAGGGCUGGGAAUUUCGUCUGAUGAUGGGUCUAAGUCUAGCCCGGAAAGUUUCAGCCCGGUUUACAGCUCGUAUGGCCCUCCUAGUCGUGCCCAGUCGCAACUGCAGGUCCGGGAUCUCCAGUACCAGAUGAAGGGUCUUCAUAUCAAGAUCUCUUCGCUCAAGGUCAAGACCCAGGAAGAUAAUCUUCGUCGGCGCAGUCUGCAAAGUUUGCGUACUCCCAGUCCAUUGACGGCCGCUGAUAAUUGGUAUGCCAAUGCACUGGAGUUAAGAGAAGGCCAGAGUAGCAGGGGAUCUAACCCUCAGCGCGAGGCCCCCGGCGAUGCAGCCGCGAAAGCACGACGCGACUCAGAUGAGAACAUCUCUGGUGACAGGCCAAACCCUGGCCAAAACCAGCAGCAGAACCAGCCUGUUGACUAUGACACCCAAUCUGUCGACGAGAGCAUGUAUGAGGAUGCUGAGGAAGGUGAAUACGACGAGAUCGACCGAGAAGCCCUGGAUGCGAUCUUGCGGGAACCGCUGGACGAGGAUCUCGCGAGCGACACGGAAGCCUUCCCUGACAUGCUCCCCCAGGAUGCGACACCUCACGAGAUGCGGGAGGACGCUUUCGACUAUGAACACUUCAUUCUGCACAGCGCCUUGGGCAAUUACACCCAGCAGCUCCGUCGCAUCAGCACAGGCUCGAAUGGAUCUGUCGAGACGACCAGGCCCGCAUACACAGCGCGACACUCCCGCACAAACAGUGCCAUGUCGGACUCCACAGUAGCCACCUUUGCCACUGCAACCGAAGGCAGGCCCGACGAGGAGGAUGACAUCGACAGCGUGAUGUACUGGGAUCGACGCUUCAAUCAUGAACUACGACACGGCCAUUCCCACAGCCAUUCCCGUUCUCACUCUAAUUCUCACCCCAGUCACCAACCCAGCCCAAUCCAGGAAGUCGAGGUCGAGGGCGAUCGCUCCGAGACACCUCGCGGGUCCCGGGACAGCAACGGUGCCACCGCAGUCAACCGUCUCUCUAGGAAUCUCGAUGGCCGCUCGUCCUCCGCAACCACAGGCUCCGCGACACCAACCGCCCUCGCCUCGUCCCUUGUAUCUACCGUGCGUGCCGCGUCCAGCACUCCUACUGUUGGUGGCAUCAAUGACGAUGAUACCCAGAUGCUGGAGGCGCUCUUCAGCAGCCUGGGUCGCGUCUGUACCGAUCUGCAGGCCAUCACGACCUCCCCAGAUGCCGACCACAAGGUUGUGCGUGUGCUUCGACGCCGUCUUGAUGCUGCACGGAGAGUGCUGGACGGAGAACUUGAUGCUUGA